UUCCGUCUCUCAAACCUCUCAGUUCAAUCAUCGAAGAUGGCUUCUCUCGGGCGUCUAUCUCAAGCUCUUUUGCGGGCUCCCUUGUCGCAGACCCGUCAAUUUUCAGCAGCAGCUCACGGACAUGGAGAACCAGGAGCAGCAAAGACGUGGAAGAUCCUUACUUUUGUUAUUGCUUUCCCUGGAGUUGCUGUAUGCAUGUUGAAUAUGUACCUCAAAAUGCAGCAGCACAAAUUGCAUCAUGAGAAUCCUGAAUUUGUUGCCUACAGUCAUCUGCGCAUCCGCAACAAGCGCUUCCCUUGGGGUGAUGGCGUGAAGUCCUUUUUCCAUAACUCCGAAGUCAAUGCCCUCCCAGACGGGUAUGAAGAACAUGACGAGUAACUGGGAUGCGGUACAUCUUAUCUUCACCCUUAAACUGGGACCACAGUCCCCUUCCCCCCACCCCCCAUACUUUUGGGCCACAACCCAGCUUGGACCACACUCCUUCUUACAGUUUACUUAAACCUCAUGUUUGAGACCUCUUGAAUUUAAAAACUUUCUGUUUACCUCUGUGCUUUCUGUUAAAUGAGAAGCACACCAUGGAAAUAGUUACAUUUCUUCUGGACCAUCCUGACACAUUCUCAGCUUAAACGUAUGUCAAAUAAAUAAACAUAUUUAAAUUCUG